CAUUCCGCCGCCGCCAAGUGCCAUGGAGCAGACGAGCGGCGACAUGAACCGCCACUGGCAGGGCGGGGCCCCGCAGGCGGUUCAGGACGAUGGCGUGAAGGACGGGCGCGUUUUCGUCUACCUGACGGCGGACUGGGCGCAGACGAUACCGCCCCCGCCAACCUUCAAAAUCCGCAAGAGGAACAAGGUCCCAAUCAAGGUCGUGGUGCUCGGGCCGGACCACCACCUGCUGCAGUGCACGGCCGUCGUCGUGCUGCGCGGCUCGCAGUGCGGCCCCGUCCACCUGCAGAUCGUGGGCCACGUUCGCGACUGGCUGUGGGCCAACUCGACGCCGAAGCAGACGCGGCGGCUGGUGGAGGGGAGCGGGCCGGUGGACUACAUCAACAUCAUCUGGUGCGCGCCGUCGAGCAUGGCGCUCUACCGCGAGGCGACGCGGGCGCAUGGUCUGUGCGAGUACGAGUGGGGCGCCGACGGGGAGGUGUGGGACGCGUUCUGGUACAUCUACAAGCGGAAUCUGAAGACGCCGUCGUACGCGCACAUCGGGCUCGACACCUCCGCCUCACUCGUCCAGCAGGGCCACGUGACGGGCGAGGUCAAAGCGUGCCUGCGCGGUGCGUGGGAGGCGUCGAUGCAGGAGCACGAUCAGGCGGGCGGCAAGAAGCCCAAGGGCGGCAAAAAGGGGGAAUGUGCCGUCCAGUGAGCGGGGCUGCGAUCGGCGGCGCUGCUGAUGCGUCCGGCGGGCGCAGGCGGGCGAGCGGAAGGCCGUGCGUGCUGUGGGACCUCACAUGACACAUCGGCUGCAAGAGCGCUUAUAGAUAGAGCAUCACAGGCGGUUACCUAGCCCGCACACAUACGUAGUGAUGGAUGGUGCUGCUCCAAAUGAAGAAGCGUGAGUGUAUCCUUUAUGUUAUAACACGGCGGCGCGACGGAGCGGGCCUCGAGAG